CAAUAUUGAAUUUGUACAAGAAAAGCCUAGAUGAUGAACCUACUCUUAAAACUGUCCAACUUGUAUCCAAAAUAGCGAUGACAUUAGGUGUUGCAAAAUCAACAGUAUAUCGAGCCAUAAAACAGUAUAAAUCUACUGGAAGGGUGUCUACUUCCAAACACUGUGGUGGAAGACCUGGGAUUGUUACAUGUUUGGAUGAAGCAAUGAAGAAUUCCAUAAGGCGUAUAGUACACAGCUUUUUCUUUAAAAAUGAGAUCCCCACUUUGGACAAAAUAUUAACCGAAAUAAAAAGUCGUCAGGAUUUGCCACAGAUGUCCCGUUCAUCAUUAUACAAAUUUAUGAAACAAAUUAAUUUCAAAUACUUAAAACGAAGUCGUAAAAGUGUGUUGAUAGAACGUGAUGAUAUAGUGAGAUGGAGACUUGACUACUUGAUAUCAAUUAAAAAGUUUAGAUCUGAAGGUAGACCUAUUUAUUAUUUAGAUGAAACAUGGUUAAAUGAAGGUCAUACAAAAGAAAGGGACGUAAGGGAACUACUAAUAGAGGCUCUUAAUAAUGUUACAAAUAUGAACUGGAAAAAAUGUGUAGAACAUGUGAUUAAGGAGGAAGAAAAAAUGGGAACACUUGACGGAAUUAUGGACGAUCUCAUUGAACCUUUAAUUAUAUCAAUUAAUAAUAGCGAGAGCGAUAUGGAUACUGACUCGUCGAAUAAUUCAGAAAAUUGUUAAAGACAUGAUUUGUCCCUAAUUUUUACCAAUAAUAUUAUAAAUUAUAAAAACUUAUUUUGUUACUUUGAACACCUGCAGAUGAUAUAUUACGAACGUAGUUCAGUUAUCAGUUAUUUGGCAAUUAUCCGGUAACUUAAUAAACGUAGUUCGUAGAAAUGCAACAAUUCAAAGUAACAAAAACACCAUUAUAUAAUUACUUCAAUGCUAGAUGUAAAAAUGUGAAUCAAUAAAAUUGUUUUUAAA